AUGGCCCCCACGGCAGACGUCAUCCCUCCCUCGAUGGAGCAGUCCGUCCCCCUCUCGACCAAGCAGGCCGGAGGCAGCAACGGCGAUGCCAGCACCACCCUGCAGGCCAAGAAGGUCAACCCGGCCCGCUUCCUCUCCGACGCCGUGGCGCUCCGGCCAGCCUCGGCCAUCCGAGCCCUCUUCCCAGCCGAGAUGAUCCCCGGCAUGCUCUCGCUCCUUGCCGGCAAGCCCGCACCUCAGACCUUCCCGCUCGCCAACAUCAGUCUCACGCUCAAGCCCGAAGCCGAGUCCGGCUUCGACGCCGCCACGGGACAGCCUCAGAAGCUCGAGAUCGAGGGCGAGGAGCUGGCAGAGGCGCUGCAGUAUGGCGCCACCUCGGGCCCGGCAAGGCUCGUCAACUGGCUCACCGACAUGCAGGUCCGCAUGCACGGCAGGGAGCUCGUCAAGCCCGGCGACAAGCUCGACGGCGUCGCAGGGCGCUCGGCUUGGCGCGUCACGUCCGGCGUCGGAAGCCAGGACCUCCUCAACAAGGCCUUCGAGGCGCUCCUCAACCCCGGCGACGUCAUCCUGUCCGACUCUCCCGUCUACACCGGUAUCCUGCCGGCCCUCGUCAUGCUUCGGGCCCGCGUCGUACCCGUGACGAGCGACUCGCAGGGCAUGAGCGGCGACGCCCUCGUCGAGACCAUGAAGAACUGGGACACGGCGCCAGCGACCAAGGGCCUGCCCCGCCCCAAGUGCCUGUACACGACGCCCACCGGUGCCAACCCGGCUGGCACCACGGCGUCCGACGAGCGCAAGCGCCAGAUCCUCGCCGUCGCACGCGAGUACGACUUUGUCAUCCUCGAGGACGACCCGUACUACUACAUCAACUUCGAGGGGCUCGGCCAGGACCCCGUCACCCGCCAGCGCUCGCGAAGCUACUGGUCGCUCGAGGAGGAGGGCAGGGACGUGCACGGCACCGGCCGGGUGCUGCGCUUCGAGUCGUUCUCCAAGAUUCUCGCCGCCGGCCUGCGUCUCGGCUUCGCCACGGGCCCCGUCGAGCUGCUCGACGCCAUCGACGCCAACACGGCUGUCAGCAACCUGCAGCCUUCGGGCGUGUCGAGCGUCGUGGCCUACAAGAUCCUCAGCUUCUGGGGCGUCGACGGCUUCCUGCGCCACGCCGACAACGUCGCCGCCUACUACGAGCGCAAGCGGGACAACUUCGAGGCAAAGGCCAAGGCCGUGCUGGGCGCGUCGGGCGUCGCCUCGUGGGUCCGACCCGUGGCAGGCAUGUUCCUCUGGAUCAAGCUCAACCUGCCCCCGACCUCGGACCGUGAGGGCGACGAGGGUGACUCGUUUGCCCUCAUCAGCGACAAGGCCAAGGCAGCGGGCGUGCUGGCCGUGCCCGGCAUGGCCUUCCUCCCCGACGGCCGCCAGACGUGCUACGUGCGCACCAGCUUCAGUGUCAUCCGCGAAGAGGACGUCGAGGAGGCCUUUGUCCGGCUCCGCAACGUCGUGCUCGACGCUUGGAAGGAGGCCGGCAAGGAGAUGCCCCGGCUGCAGUAG